AUGGACGCCGUGUACGGCUUACUUUCGGGCAGCUGGCUGCUCGGCACCCCCAAGGCGCCGCCAAAACCGGAGGCAGUAGAUGACGUGGACAAGCCAGUGCCCGAGGAAUGGAGGUCCAAAUAUCCCUUCAGAAGCGACGAUCCCACGGAGCAGCGCCUGAAGCAGCUGCUGGAAGCGUACGAGGAGUCGAGCAGAGAGGUGAGGAGUGGUUCAGCGAGAUUCAAAACUUGCGCGUCAGCUUUCACUGCUCCUGUUCCCCCCUCCUCCACCCCCUCUCCCCCUUCCCUCCAAUCGCUCCCUCUGCGCGCGGCGCGCGGGCAGGGCGCGUCAGCGGCGGCGAGCGCGACGCUGCUGGUGUUCCUGUCGGCGCUCGUCGAGGCGUACGCCGACUGGUUCCCGCCGGAACCGGACCCCGACGCGCACGGUCGCGCCGAUGACGCGCACGACGACGCGCACGGGGGCGACGGCGCGGAGGGCGAGGGGGAGGCGGGCGGGCAGCGGCUGGGGCACCCGCUGGAAGUGGUGCGGUGCGUGGCACGCCAGCUGGCCGAGUUUGCACGCGUGGCGAAAUCACGAGGGCCAUCUGCGUCUGCAGAAAAUCAAUCCGCCAAUCAAGAUGCGCCAGGUGGCAGCGCAUCAGAGGGGCAGAGCCGGUCGGCGGUGGGCAGCACGACGCUGUGGAUCGCAUCGCUCGCCAUGGGCGCGGGCAGGGGGGCGGGGGGGGGCGCAGGGGGCGCGGGGGAGGCGGGGGAGGCGGGGGACUUGGAGGAGGAGGCGGCGGCGUGGGAUCGCACGAUGCUGGCGCUGCGCGCGGCGUCCAUCAUCUCGCGCAGCGCCCACAACCGCAAGCUGCUCGCCUUCUUCCGCUCCGUCUCCGCCGCCAUCCACAUCCUCUCCGGCAUAUCAGCGGACCUGCGGGUGGCAGCGGCGCCCAUCAUCUCCACGCCCAUGCCCUCGCCGCACCCCGACCCCCCUCGCGCCACACCGGGGAGGAGCAUCACCACCACCGGCACCAGCAGCAGCGGGCGGGGGGCGGGCAGUGCGUGGGGGGCAGAGUUCGGGGUCAGGCAGGCAGGGGGCGAGCGGGACGGGGAUGCCACGUCAGCAGCACCUGCUGCUGCAGGCAGUGCGGGCAGGGAGGGGGGUGGGGCAGCUGGGGCAGCGGGGGCGGGGGCGCAGUGGUUGAGUGGGGAGAGGCGCAGUGUGCUGGUGGGCGUGCUGCUGAGCUGCGCCACCAACGCCCUCGCCCUGCUCGCCAACUUCCUCGACGCUGAGAUGCGCCAACUCGCGCAGCACCAACCCCUCCCCCCCACCCACGCCCCGCCCUUCUCCUCCCUCGCACACUCCCCUGCGCGCGCCUCCCCCUCCCCCCGCAGGGGCGCCCCCUCCCCGGGUCUCCUGACCUCCCCCUCCGCCCGCCUGAGGGGCAGUGGGCGGAGCAGCGGCAGGUGGGGGGGGCGCGGGCUGGGUUUUGGGGAGGAGCUGGCGGGGACGGCGUGGGGGGGCAGGGCGGGGGCGCGGGGGGCGGAGGGGGAGGAUGCGCUUGCUGGGAUGCGCGAGGUGCGCGCCAUCGUGGAGGCCGUGGAGACCAAGGGGCUCGCCGCCCUGCUCGCACUCAUCUCGCCACUGCGGGAGAUCCAGACGAAGCGAGCCGCCCACUGCAUAGAGGCGGGCGGCACGCUGCUGCUGGCGCUGCAGGUGAUGCGGUCGGUGGUGUACGCGAGUGUGACCGCGCGCGCCUCCUUCAUCGCCUCUCAGGGCCUGCACCACGCCCUCGACCUCAUCGCCUGGCCCUCGCACCUCCUGCACUGCCACCUAGAGCGCAUAAUGGAGUUGGAGAACGAUCUCUUUGAGGAGUUCAGCAUUCAGCUGCUCGCCUUCUCCGUCAUCCAGGAGGCCAUCUUCACCUGCCGUCCCCCUCCCUGCUCAUCUCUCUACUAUCUUCCGAUGUGCCCUCAUGCCUUCACGACUGCUUGUUGUGUGUUGGUUUCCGCCCUCAGUUCAGCCAACUGGUCUUUAAGAAUUCUAAAAAAGCACCUCAAUUCACCACCUCUCUCCCACUCACAUGGUCCUUCUCUCAUCCUUCCCUCCCUUCCUGCUCUCUCCCCUCCUCCUCUUUCCAGAUUCCUGAAUGCAGCAGCACUGGAGAUGGUACGGGACCUACACGGCUUCCCGCGUUUCUCCGCCUUCCUGCGCUGGGCCGCCUUCCUCUUCACCAAAUCCUCCUCUGAACUGCACCCCACACUCGUCCUCCCGCCACAACCCCCCCCCGCACCUGCACUGCCCGCGUCGAUGUCAGUGGCGGGGGACGAGGUGGGGGGGGAGGUGGAGCUGCCGGCCAUAGUGGCACGCCGGGACCCCAAGGCGCUGCUCUUCGAGGGCUCUGUGCUCGCCACGCCCUCCCGCGCCGCCUCCUCCCCCCACACCGCCGCCGCCGCUGCUGCCGCUGUCGCUGCCAAUGCCGCCGCUGCCGCUGCUGCUGCUGCACGCCCAUCCCUCACCCUGCCUGCGAAUCUGAGGAGCGGUGGGAAGAGCAGUGGCACGAGCAGGGAGGGGGGCGGGGUUGGAGCGGUGGCAGGAGGGGGGGAGAGGUCGUGGGCGCGGGAGAAGCUGCUGGCGAGCAGCACGUUCAGGCGCGUGACGGCGGAGCGCAACAGCACGGACGAGGCGCUCAUGGCGUGGAACCCCCACGCCGCCGUCGCCUGCACCGUGCUCUGCCGCUUCCUCGCUGAUGCCAUGCCCGCCGCCGCCCUGCGCAGGGGGCACACCUUUGGUCAUGGCCACGGGCACGGGCAUGGGCAUGGGCAUGGGGGGGGGUACGGGCAGGACAUGGGUUGGGACGCGGAUCCGGAGGAGUAUCGAGAGCAGGCGGCGCAGUGUGUGGCGGGGGCGCUGCUGGGCGUGUUUGAGCAGCAGGUGGGUGACUGGUACGAUGCAGCAGCAGGCCGCAUGUUCCGCUCGCUGUCGCCCGCCCUGCAGCUCUUCACAGUGCAUCAGCUGCGCCGCAUCCUCGGGUCGCUCAUUGCCGGGGCCGAACACUUCCGCUCCGCGCGCCUGUGGCACGCGCUGCUCUCGCCCAUCUUCUUCUUCUUCGGCGCUCAAACCAGGCCGCGCCACCCGCUGCUCUCGCCGCGCCUGCUGGGCCCCAAGGCUGCUGCGCUCGCCGCCGGCACCACCCACAGCCGGUGCUGCUGCAGGCGUGGCGAGGGGAAGUGCAGGGGGGGCGGGCGGCUACGGGGGGACAUAGUGGCACUGGUGGAGCUGGCAGUAUCAGUGGACAUGGGCGAUGGCAGCGCCACCGAGUGCGCUCUGCUGCUCGCUGCCCUCGAGGCCUGCUGCACUCACCCCAGCGCGGCAGCCCUGCUGGCCCACGCGCUGCAGCGCCUGCUGCACUCACGGGGCAUUGACGCCGUCAGAGAGCUCUCUGCCGUGCCCCGCCUCGCCGCCAUCAUCGACCGCCAGCACGCCGCCGCCACUGCUGCUGCUCUUCCCUCCGCCACGCCCCCCCUCACCCCGUCGCAGCUCCUCCCCCCCCGUUCCGUCUCCCUCCCUGUGUCCGCCCUUCGUCCUGUGCACUCUGCAUAUAGCGAGGAGGGCGAGGGGGCAGCGGCGGAGUGGCAGGGCGUACGGGGGGCGGUGUUCGCCCUACUGGAGGGCGCGCUGGGGGAGUCUGAUGCCGCCCUGGUGGACGCCGCUUGUGACCCCACGGUGUUCGUGCCGCUGCUGCGGCUGCUGUGGGACUCGGCCAACAGGGAGUUCGCUCUGCGAGUGCUCAUCCUGCUCAUGCACGCACCCUUGCUCGACCCCUCCGCGGGGCAGCCCCUGCUGGAGUGCUUCUUCGACCUCGUCUCCCAUGCCGCCUCCUUCACUGGCAGCAGCAGUGCAGUGGCGGUGACGGGCGAGGAGGGGGAGGAAGGGGCGAGCAGAGACGCGGUUGGAGCAGUGAUGCUGGUGGACGACCUGCUCUCCUGCACCACCUACAUCGUCUCCGACCCUCCCAACGCUGCAUUACAGCAGCGGUGUGUGGAGGCGGGGGCGCUGCAGCACGUGCUGGCAGUGCUGGAUGCGCGCUACUCGCCCGCCCACGCGCUCUCCAUCACGCUCGCCGCCCUGCGCUGCCUCACCUGCCUGCUCGCCGCCAACCAGGCCGCCAAGGCAGCCAUGGUGCGGGUGGCAGGGGCGGGGUACACGGGGCUGCAGAGGAGGAUAGAGGCGCUCACAGGGGGCAGGGCGGGGCAGGAGGUGCUGGAUGCCGUGCUCUGCCUCGCCACUGACGGCGCUUACACCGCCUCCGCCCUCAACACACGAGCCACCAUCCAGAACGGAGACGCACUCAUCCUUUGGCUCUCUCUGCUGCGCACCGCGCCAGAGCGCCAGGCGGUGGGGGGGCUACAGCAGCUGCAGGCGAUGCUAGCAGACUCCACAGCCUCGUGCGCCGAGUGCACACGCGCGUCCCUCAUGUGGCACCUGCUGCACUGGCUCUCCACCCUCGACUCCCUCCCCCUCGCCCCUCCCCUCACAACCGCCGCCGCUCACACUGCCACUGCCAUUGGCGCGUGGGGAGACGGCGGGGAGCAGCAGGAGGCGGGGGGAGCGGGGAGUGGGGAGGGAGGGGGAAGGGAGGGUGUGGUGGCGGCGGUGGCGCUGCUGGUGGAGACGAUGGGGCGGCACAGCAUGAGUGGCAAGGAGAUCACGGCUGUGUUCCACCUGCUGCGCCAGGCGGGGGCGGGCAGCCGAGCCAGACACGCAUCGCUGCUGCUGCGCACGCUGCUGGGCGCCAUCAAGGACGAGGGGCCCUCUGGCUUCUUUGAACUCAAUGGCGUUGACUCCGGAUUCAAGCUGCCCUCUGACCUGCGGUUCCCCGGGCCAAGGGGCUACACGGUGGUGUGUUGGCUGCGCAUAGAGGCCUUCCCCAUGCCGCCCGCCUCCGCCUUCCCCGGCUCCCCCCCCGCCAACCCCUGGGCGUUUGACGCGGAGGGGCGUCUAGAGGACGCGGAGGGCGGGGCGCGGGGGGGCGGGGAGGCGAGCAGAGAGGGCGCCAUGGCGCUGUUCAGCUUCCUCACUGACCUGGGCGUGGGGUGCAGCGCCUUCCUCACCCCCGAUGACGUGCUCCUGCAUGUACACGCCCUCCCCCUCCCAUCCUCUCCGCUCUUGCAUUCCAUGCACCCCUGCGCUUGUGCGUGCUUGCACAUGCCGCUGCCUGCUGUGCUCACCUUCGGCCUUUUGAGUCGACUCAAAAGCUGCUGUGCUCACCUUCGGCCUUUUGAGUCGACUCAAAAGCUGCUGUGGGCGGAGCAGCAGCGCGGGAGGCGGUGGUGGGGUUACCACACGAGUUGCGCCUCAAGUGCUGGCACCACGUGGCCAUCACCCACUGCCGCUCCCACCUUCGCUGCCCCCAGCACCGUGCGCCUCUUCGUUGACGGCCGCCUCGUCGCCUCCUCCCGCGCCAGGCAGUCCCCCCACGCGCGCACGCCACUGGACGACGAUGACGACCCGGCCUCGCUCUCCAUGGCGCCGCCUCUCUGCGGCCAGCUGGGCGCGCUCCACGUGCUCGACGACCCACUCUCCCCCGACCAGGUCGCCGCUCUGCACCGCUUGGGACCGCGCCACGCGCACUCCUUCCUGCCGUGCGAGCUCUCGCUCCUGCUCGGAUCCGCCGACCCCCCCGUGCGCGCGCUCUUUGACGGCAAGGACUGCCUUGCGCCGCGCCUCACUGUCAGCCUCACGGCUCACGCCACGGCGGGGGGAGUGGUGCUGGACGCGACGCCUUUCUGGGAGCAGCAGGGAGGGAGUGGUGGUGCACGGCGCGUGUGCGACGCGGUGAUGCUGCCCGGCGUGCAGGUGUGCCAGCGGCACCGGCUGCAGGACGUGCUGUCAUGCGUGGGCGGCGUGGCCGUGCUCUUCCCCCUCCUCACCCAACUCGACAGCGACGACGACUCCUGUGCUGCCGGGUCAGAAGGCGAGGGCGAGGAGGAGGGGCGGUGGGAGGCGGGGGGGACGCAUGUGGCGGUGGACGUGGUGUGUCUGCUCACGGAGGUGCUGGCGGGCAGUGCAGCGGCGGGGCAGUUCAUGGUGGGCGUGGGGGGAUUCUCUGUGCUCAGCUUCCUGCUGCAACACGUGCACCCCCGCCACCUCACCGUCAGCCUUGUACUCUCCAUUGAAAGCCUCACUAAUAGCAUUGCUGCCGAGCAGGACGGCUUGAUGGCGGAACAGCUGACGCGGUCGGCAUGGAGUGAGCUGUACCUGGAGCUAUCGCUCUGGAUCUACGCGCCCUACACCGUGCAGCGCGAGCUCCUUGAGUCCUUACUGCGCCAGGUGGACCGCAGCCCUGCACUGCUCCCCGCCGUGUGCCCGCUGCCUCGCCUGCUGGACCUGCUGCGCCGCUUCUACUGGCACGUGCCGCACGGCCGCUCCGUCGCCGGCCUCAAGCCCCUCGUGCACGCCACGUCGCGUGUUGUGAUUGGCCGGCGCCCUGACAACGCUGACGUGGCGAAGCUGAGGCUGCUGCUGCUGAGGCUGGCGGAGUACAGCGUGAGGGAUGGCUUCUCACUGGCUGAUGUGAGGGCGCUAGCAGCGUUUCUGGAGGGCAGCAAGGACGCCCCCAGCGUGCGCGACGUGCUGCUCGCACUGCUCUCACUGCUCUCACGGCCACCGCUGCUCGCGUCCUUCACCUCGCACGUCUACUCCCUCACCGGCUGUCAUCUCUUCCUCAACCUCCUCGCCAGGCCAGAGGAGGAUCUGCAGUCACUCGGCCUGCGUCUCAUCACAGCACUGCAGGCAGAGCGCCGCCUGCGCCUCAUCCGCGCCUUCUCCUCCUCCCCCGCACCCUCCCCCUCGCCCUCCGCCACCCCCGCGCCCAUCCCCGACGACCUAGUAGCGGCUGCCCUGCUGCACACGCCCUCGCCCUCGCCCUCCGCGUCAGCUCUCUCAGGCGGUGCGCUGCCAUCCCCCGGGCAUGGGGGGGGAGGGGAGCGCGUGAGGGAGGACGUGGAGCAGGCGGAGGCGAUGGUGGGCGUGGCGCUGCAGCUGAUGGUGCAGCGCUGCGUGCCGUGUCACGCCCCUCAUGCACUCCAUCCUCUUCGACCUCCUGCUCGCCCGCCCCCUCCCCAAACCUUGCCCGAGGCCGUGGGGCUGCUGCUGCCGCUGCUGGCGGGGGGGCGUGCGGAGGGGGGCGUGGCGGGGGCGGCAAUGAAGGAGCUGGCGGACCUCGUUGUGGGCAACGCUGUCAACCCCCGCCUGCUGCUGCAGCAAAAGGGGUGGCAAGUGGAUCUGAUGGCUCUGCUGGCGCUCAUGCGCUCACGCCUCUCCCCGCCCUCCCCCCCCACCGCCACCACCACCGCCACUGCCACCGCCACUACCACUCCCACUGGCACGAGCAGCAGCGGUGCACAGGGCAAGGGGCCGCAGGCAGCGAACGGGUGGAGUGGGGCGAGGAAGGGGGGGCGGGGGAGCGAGGGGGAGGUGGGGGAGGAGGAGUUGGAGGAGGCGGAGGUGGUGUGGGAGCAGGUGCGGCGGCUGCUGCUGGCCACACACGCACACGCACUGCAGCACAGCAGCACCGGCUGGCAGCACGUGGCUGACACCGUUGGCGCCCUCCGCAUGUUCGCCCAGCAGGGCAAGCUACCGUACCACGUGGUGCUGCGCCCGCUGCUGGCGGAGCUCAUCACGGUGCAAUCAGGGCUCUCCUCACGGGGCGGCGCAGCGCGCAACAACUGUCUCUUCCUCUUUGCACUCAUAGACGAGUUCGCCCUGCAUGACUCGCGCCACAUCUUCCCUGCGAAGGAGCUGAUGACAGCGGGCGUGGGGGAGGCGGUAGACGGCCUGGCGGGCAUCACCACGCCGCGCUCCCACGCCCCCCACGCCACCCACGCGCCCUCCACUCCCCUCUCCCCGCCCCACUCCUCCUCGCCCCCCCUCUGGCACUCCAGCGGAGGGGGAAGGGGGAACGGGGAGAUGGAGGGGAACUGGCGCAAUGGGGGGGGUGGGGGAAGGGCGGGGCUGGGGAGGCUGACAUGGGCGCACGCCCCCAUGGGGUCCAUGCGCUGGGGGCCGCACAGGGCAGUGGUGGGGGCGUGGGACGAGGGGGACGAGGGGGAUGAGGGGGAGGAGGAGGGUGUGGGGGGGCGAGCAGGGCAGAGCGGGCAGAGAGGCAGUGGUGGGGUGUAUGGGGGGGAUGAUGGUGCUAUGCGCCCGCUCACUCCGCCAGGGCUAGCAGUGCCCUUGACCCCGCCUGGCAUGAGUCCCUUGGGAGGCGCUGGCAGGGGUUUUUUCACCCCUGAUAUUACUGGUGCACAGGAGAUAAGCGGUGCAGAGCGGUUCAGCACGAUGAGCCUGGACGUGCAGGGUGCGCGCAGCCCUGGGGAUGCUGACUUGCUGACGACCAGCGUUGACCUGGUUGACUGCAGCGUUGACCUUGGGGACUCCAGUGGAGUGGGAGAAGGAGGGGCGGAGGGCGAAGUGGGAGCGAGAGGGGCGGAGGGGCAGCUUGCCACGGUGGGGGCGGAAGGGGAGGAGAAGGGGAGGGAAGGGGGUGGCAGAGCGGAGGAGGACAAGAGCUGGCACCUUUGGGAUCAAACAGAGGAGUGGUCGUGUGCGGAGAUGGAUGGGGGUGGGCGGGUAUCUGCUGCACUCCCCUUGCUGCACCGCUCUUCCUGCCCCAACACACACUGCUCCCAUCAUCCGCCUCACCACGCCACCCCCCUCCGCCCCUUGUGUUGUGUCCCCAGGCUACUGCAAGCGGGCGACAGUGAGUUCAAGUGGAAGGCAUACGACGGCUUCUGGGCGCUGCUAGCUCUGCUGCACAACAAGGCCGACGCCGCCGCCGCCCUCUCUGCCGGCCUCUUCCGCUCGCUCCCCCGCUCCGCCUCCACCACCGCCCUCCCCCUCUCCCGCCUGCGCGCCCUCGCCCCGCCCUCGCCCUCCCGCACCGACCUGGACGCUGCUCUGGAGGGCGAUGGGGGCGGCCACUGGGGGUGCAGCACGGAGGAGCGGCUGGAGCAGCUGGGGAAGGAGAAGUGCCCGCGCGUGGUGUUCCGCCUCGUGCUGCUCUACGUGUACGACGCGGGGUUAGACGCGCUGCAGCGCUGCCUGCACCACUUCACCGUGCUCGUGCCCGUCAUGCUGGCGGACGGCAGCGAUGGUAACAGCGACUGGCACCGCAACCGCUUCCACCUCUUCCUCUGGUCGCUGCUGCACGCGCACGACGCCGUGGGGCACAUGGAGGAGGGGUCGCGCGGGGAGGUGAUCGCGCAGGGCGUGCACGACGUGGUGGUGUCGGCCGCUGCUGUGUUCGCGCAGCCCAUGAAGGGCCCGAUGCGUGCGACGCCCAGCAGCUCGGGGUCGGAGGAGGAUGACGACUUGGAGGCCGCCAGACACCUCGUGCAGCAGCAGAGGGUCGACGCUGCUGUGGAGGAGGAGAUAGGGCACAUGCUGUCAGCGGUGGCACAGUGGGACGCAGAGCUGUCACACGCACGGCAGGCACACGAGGCGGUGAGGGCGCAGAGGGUGCGGCAGCAGCGGGCCUUCCAGGAGCUGCAGCGCAUCGCCCUCGCCGACCUGCUCCACGCUGACAGCCGCCGCCGCGCUGCCGCCCGCAUCGCGUACGACGAGCAGCAGGAGCGCGUCAAGGCCGUGUGGGAGCAGCUGUAUCGGGAGAUGACGAGCGAGCGAGGGCCGUGGUACUCGCCCCCCUCGCCCUCCGCCGCCUCCUCGCUCUCCUCCCUCUCGCCUGGCGCCACGCCCCCUGCCUCAGCCGCGGUGCAGCGGUGGAAGCUGGACAAGAGUGAGGACGCCCAGCGCCGCCGCUUCCGCCUGCGCCCCCACCUGCGCUUCGACGAUGCCAUGUGCCGGCCAGCCCUCGACGCCAGCAAGCCCACAGGCGCAGGGGGAGAGGGCGCAGGAGGAGCAGGUGCAGAGGGGAAAGAGGAGGGAGGCGAUGGGGAGCCGGGGAGGGACGUGCGGGUGAAGGCGGCGGCAGUGGCGGUGGCAGGGAGGGAGGGGGGAGCGGGGGCGGGUGAGGAGGGAGGGGAGAUUCGGGUAGAGAAGGAUUUACUGGAGGAGGUGGCGAUGCUGCAGGAGGAGCAUAAGAGCGCCCAGGAGGGCGCGGCAGGGGCAGGGGGAGCUGGCGCAGGGGCCGGUGGGGGAGGGGAGGUGGCUGUGCGGUCGAGUGGGAUGCAGCUGGGUCUGCGAUUCGAGUCUGACGAUGAGGUAAUAACGAGCCUCCCAUGCAUAAUGGUGACGGCCAAGCGCAAGCUAGGAGGGCGCAUGGAGCUGAGGCGGCGCUCGCUGCACUUCUUCGCCGACUUUGUCUUUGAGGGCACCGCCGGCUCCUCUCUCUUCGACCCCGACGGCCGCCUGCGCCCACCGCACAGCGUGCGGGGGGAGGCGGAUCGCGGCGGGGCGAAGGUGGGCCCGCGGGAGCGGUGGCGGCGCGUGACGCAGCGGCUGCUGCUGGUGGCGAAGCUACAGCCCACGGAGAAGACGCUGGGGCGCGCGAGUGUGCGCAUGGCCAAGGACCCCGAUGUCCUGGAGGAGGUCAAGAUGCACCGCCAGUGGCCCCUGCACGAGCUGCGCCUCAUCCGAGUAACGCGCUUCCUCCUGCGCUACACGGCCCUCGAGCUCUCCUUCACCUCCCCCGCCGCCCGCCCCCCAGCGCUCUUCACCUUCGCCUCGCCGCGCCUGGCAGCCGAUUUCGCGGCCAAGAUGGCGGCCGUGGCCAACGCCACGGCCCGGUCCACGCGCGCACGCGAGGAGCACGUGAUGGUGGUGGACCGCCGCCGCGCCCUGGACCGCGCCGAGAAGGCGGCAGCGGCGUGGCGGCGGCGCGAGCUGAGCAAUUUUGAGUACCUCAUGGUGCUGAACACGCUGGCGGGGCGCACAUACAACGACCUGGCGCAGUACCCCGUGUUCCCGUGGGUGAUCGCCGACUAUGAGAGCCAGCAGCUGGACCUGCACAGCGAGAGCACCUUCCGUGACCUGGGCAAGCCCGUGGGCGCGCUCAAUGCCAAGCGCCUUGAGAUGUUCCGUGAUAGGGCAGAGAGCUUCCGGGACCCCGAUAUCCCAAGUUUCCUGUACGGCUCGCACUACUCCACAGCGGGCAUCGUGCUCUUCUACCUGCUGCGCCUUGAGCCCUUCGCCACUCUCAGCUGCCGCCUCCAGGGAGGCAAGUUUGACCACGCGGACAGGCUGUUCCAGUCGGUGGCAGUGACGUGGGCCAACUGUCUGACCAACACGAGCGACGUGAAGGAGCUCAUCCCCGAGUUCUUCUACCUGCCUGACUUCCUCUCCAACGCCAACCACCUGUAUCUGGGGCAGUGCCAGGACGGCUCCAUGCUCAACGAUGUCGUGCUGCCGCCCUGGGCGCUGGGCAGUCCAGAGCUCUUCGUGCGGCUCAACCGGGAGGCCCUCGAGAGCGAGUGGGUGAGCUCAAACCUGCACCGUUGGAUCGACCUCAUCUUCGGCUACCAGCAGCGGGGGCUGGCAGCCAUGGAGGCAGACAACGUGUUCUUCUACCUCACAUACGAGGGCGCCGUGGACAUGGAUGCUCUAGACGACCCCAUGGACCGGGCAGCUAUAGAGGAGCAGAUCGCUGCUUUUGGCCAGACGCCUGCCCAGCUGUUCCGCCGCCCGCACGAGCCCCGCGGCCCGCCACCCCGCGCCGCCCGCCCACUGCUGCACCGGCCGGCGGCGCUUGGACUUUCUGUGGUGGUGCCGGCGUGUCCCCCUGCUGGUGGUGGUGCGGGUGGUGGUGGGGGCGCGGGGGGGGGUGUGGGGGAGGAUGCCCCCUUCUCGCUGAGUGAGCCGCUCAUCUCUCGGCGCAUCGGGGCGCCCUUCGCGUCCACGAGUGGGGACGUGAGUCCGCACUGCUUCGCGCUGCUGCGCGGGGCCGCCUCGCCCUUCCUGCUGUGCGCCGCACACUGGGACUGCUCCACGCGCCUCGUGGCGGUCAGUGACGGCCGCACCCUGCAGGCCGUCAGGCAGCACACCGACGUCGUCACCUGCCUCUCCGCAUCGGAGGACGGCCUGUGGAUGGCAACAGGCAGUCGCGACACAACAGUGAUGGUGUGGCAUGUGGAUCGCACACAGCCGCGCCCCUCCGCCGACCCCGUGCUGCCGUGCAAGCCGCACCUGCUCCUCUGCGGGCACGACGACGUGGUCACUCAGGUGCUCGCGUCCUCCCCACUUGACCUCGUGCUCUCCGCCUCACUGGACGGCUCGCUGCUGCUGCACUCGCUCUCCUCGGGCCGCUUCAUCCGCUGCAUCCGCCACCCGCUGCGCCACGCCGUGCAGCGAAUGGCGGUGAGCCAGCUGGCGCUGGUGGCCGUGCACUCCGAUGCGGACGGCUGGCUGCGCGUGGCGUCCAUCAACGGCAAGUGGCUCGCUGCCGUCCCCACUGGACCCACCGCCACCACAACUGCCGCGGCCACUGCUGCUGGUGUUGCUGCUGGUGCUGCUGGUGGUGGUGUGGAGAUUCACAAUGAAGGUGCUGUAGGGGCUAUUUCCAGCAGCGGUGAGAAUAAAGCAGCUGCAACUGGCAGUGGUGGAAGCGGCAUGCCUGUGUCUCUGUCUGUAUCCCUGCCUGCUUCUGGCUCCACUGACAGUCAGCAAGUGCGAUCACCAACCGCAUCUGCAACAUCAAUGCCAGCAUCCCCGUCCCAAGCAACAGCAGCAGCAGCAGAGGUUGACAGUGUGACAUGCAUGGCAGCAAGUGCGUGCGGAGAGUUCCUCGUAACAGCAGGAGCAGCGGGGCGGGUGACGGUACGGUCCUUCUUCACACUGGCCACGGUGGUGGUGUAUGAGGGGGUGGGCGUGCCCGCCUGCUCCAUCGCCGUCACCAGUGAGGACGCCAUUCUCGUGGGGCUCGAAGACGGCCGCCUGCUGCUCUACUCGCUGUGUGCCAAUGCCCUCACUGACUGA